AAAAGUAUCAAAGCUAAACACGUUUAAGACACGAUGUUAGGUUGCGCAUAAAAAACAACAACAACAAAAAGACAACGUGGAAUAAAGACAAAUAAUGACGAAUGGAAUUAUGUCAACAGGAAGUCGACUUUCGCCGCCCCUCCUCCUCCUCCGGGCGGGCGGGGGAUGAUGACGUCGACUUCCUCACUUUCUCCGCAGCAGCAGAAAAAAGAAAAAACGGAAAAGCAGGAAAAGAAACUGAGGAGGAGGAGAAGAGGAAGAGUAUCCGAGAAGGAGCGCCUCGUCUUUCUUGCUUCUCUCCUUCAAACGUCAGCUCCUCGGCGGCCAUGAAGCCCCGCCUCCUUCUCGUCCAAGGCGACCCCGUUUGCCGCCAGCAGGCCGCUCGCACGGAGGUUCGCGAGAUGAGGGGCGACCCAUGAGGACCCUGAAUGAAACAAACAAGGAGUGGGGGGAGGGGGAGGGGGAGGACAACAAGGUGAAGGCGGCCCAGCUGUGGCGAGACGCCGCCCUCCGGUCCAGGAAGCUGCGCAGCGACCUGCGCCAGCUGCCCCCCUACCCCAAAGACCAGGACCUGUCCCACGUGGAGGCCCUGAACCUGGGCAACAACCUCCUGCAGGAGCUGCCCGAAGGCCUGGCGUCCAGCCUCAACAACCUGCGUGUGCUGGUGCUGCGUAGGAACCGCUUCUCCAGCGUGCCGCGAGCCGUGUUCGAUCUGCGGCAGCUGGUGGAGUUGGACCUGAGCCACAACCGGCUGAGGGGCGUGGCGGAGGGCCUGGGCCGGCUCAGCACCCUGAAGAAACUGAGCGUCAGUCACAACAACAUUCAGCAGCUACCCGAGCGCAUCGCGGCUUUAGUGCUUCUGGAGGAACUGGACGUCAGCUUCAACGACCUGCACGACAUGCCCGAGUCCUUCCGCGGCCUCGCCCGGCUGCGCACGCUGGACGUGGACCACAACAAGCUGAGCAGGUUCCCCCCUGAGAUCCUGGCCCUGGCCGACUUGGAGGAACUGGACUGCUCAGGGAACAAGUUUGAAGUUUUGCCAGAGGACGUGGUCAAGCUGAAGAGCAUCAAGAUCUUGUGGCUGAGCAGCCUCCGCUUGAGGUCUUUACCCGAUACCUUCUGCCGGCUGCGGAACCUGGAGAGCCUGAUGCUGGACGGGAACCACCUGGCCGCGUUGCCGCACGCUUUUGGCAGCCUGCAAACACUCAAAAUGGUCAACUUGUCCUCCAACGAGCUCACGGACUUCCCUGAGGUACUUCUGGACAUUUCGGGUUUGGAGGAACUGUACCUGAGCAGGAACAAACUAACUCAGGUUCCGCGGGAAAUCGGGAGGUUGCGGAAUCUCGCCAAUCUUUGGCUGGACAACAACGACAUCGCAUACCUGCCGGACUCACUGGUGGAGCUGGCGAAGCUGGAGGAGCUGGUCGUCCAGGGGAACCAAAUCGCCGUCCUUCCCGACGACUUCGGAAAACUGUCCAAGGUGAACAUCUGGAAGGUGAAGGACAACCCGCUGGUCCGGCCUCCGUACGAGGUGUGCAUGAAGGGGAUCCCGCACAUCGCCGCCUAUCAGCUGGAUUCGGCGCACUCGCGUCCGAGCGCUCGGCCCGGGCUCAAAUUGGUCUUGUUGGGACCGAAGGGCGCCGGUAAGACGCGACUGCGGCACAGCUUGCUGGGCGAGGAACACGAGAGCGAAGGCGUCCACGCCAACGAAGGAAUCCGAGUCACGAGCUGGGCGGCGGACGGCGGGCCCAACUUCCUGGUGUAUGAGUUGUCCGGAAAGCAGAACCUUGACCUUAUCAAGCCCUUCUUCCUGUCCCCCGCCGCGCUCUACGUCCUGGUGGUCAACCUCCGAGCGUACUCUUCGUGCGACUUCUACGCCCACGUGGGCUACUUCCUCCACCUGCUCGGCGCCAAGGUGCCCCGAGCCGUAGUGCUGUUGGUGGGCACGCACGCCGACCUGUGCGGGGAGGCGGAGCUGGAGGAGAAGAAGCUGGACAUCCAUCGUCGGGUGGGCCUGCAGCAGAGGAGGGACGUUCAGGUUCUGGGGAGUUUGGCGCUGAAGGUGGAGCAGGCGCUGCAGCAGGGCUACGCCACGCGCACCUCCAGCCCACACGCCCCCUUCUACGCCGUCUCCGACACCAACUUGCGGCGGAAGAAGGCCCGGCUGCGGUCCCUUCUGGACCGCCGCCUGCAGAUUCUGUCCCCGCUGCUGAGCGUCGGGAGCGUGCGGACCGACCGAAUCGACGUCGGGCGCCUCAGGGACAAACUGAUGUCGGUGGCCCGCCACCGCGACAUCUUUCCCGACCUCCACCGGGCGCUGCCCAGGUCUUGGCAGACGCUGGAGGAGCUGCACCUCAAGUCCAAAGAACUGUGGCUGACCCGCUGGGACUCGACCCGUCUGGGCCAGCAGGCGGGCCUGACCGGGGAAGGUCUGCGAAACGCUUUGUCCUACCUGCACCGCAGCGGGAAGCUGCUGCACUUUGAGGACAGCCCCGUCCUGGAGGACUACGUUUUUCACAACCCUCCGCGCUUCAUUGCCAUCCUCAACGUGGUCUUCCAAAGGGCCGCGGCUGAGGAGGACGGCGAGAACCUCGGGGCGGCACGGCUGCAGCGGCACCUGGAAGGUUUCGGCGGGUCUGGCCUUCGGCCGUCCGACGCCGUCCUCCCCACGCGGCGGGACCCGGACGUCGUCCUCGAGCUCCUGGAGAAGAUGGGUCUCUGCUAUUGCGUCAACAAACCCCGCGGAGGCGAGCCCCUUCACAGCGGCGCCGAGCUCUGGUACAAGUUCCCCGGGCGCGUCGACGUCGAGGAGGAGGAAGACGACGACGGCUCGGAGACGGAAGCCGACGGGAGCUUUGAAACGGAACCCGACCGGAGCGCGGAGGCGCCGCCGAGUCCGCCUUUCUCAGCGGAGCGGCUUCAGAUCCGGUACAGCUUCCCCUUCCUGUUCCCGCCCGGACUCUUCGCCCGCUUCAGCGCGCGGAUCAACGGCCACGUGGUCCAGAGGUCGGACGGCCGGCGGCGCAUUGUGGCGUAUCGGGGAAAGGUGCCGGUGGUCGUCAGCCACCGGCCUUCGACGGGGAGGCCGCGGGUCGCCACGCUGUCGGUCGGCAGCCGCGCCGCGCUGCCCAACAUGUGGACGGCGUGGCAGGCCGUCGCGCCGCUGCUGCACGAGCUUGACGCCCUGCUCGCGGACUGGCCCGGUCUGCACUACCACAAACACGUCCUCUGCGCCAAGUGCCUGCGAAGAGGCGCCGCCAGCCCGCACGCCUUCCCCGGAGAGCUCCUGUCUCAGCGACGUCCCGAAGGGGUGAGCGAGCUGACCUGUCCGAAGAAUUCCUCCGAGCGAGUCGACGUGGCUUUGAUCUACCCGCCCACGCCUGCGGACGCGCCCCCGACCGCACCCGCUCCCCGACGAGAUUGACCCAAAGUGACCCCACGCUGAAACGACCCCGAGACAGCGCUGGUUGUCGGUCCGGUACAGCACCAACAUGUGGCCGUUGACGUGGGGACUUCUUCUUGCAGGGGGGCACAACGGGGGGGAGGAGGGCACUGGACCGCGUCCCGACCGGGCGGGCGGCGGCUUCUCAGGAACGCGACGUGAGG